AUGGACAACAUAUGCCAGAGGAUACGGGGCGGCGGGCAGCACCAGGCCGUCUCCUACGGUGGCCUCGACGCGGCCACCGGCACGCGCAUCCUCCAGCGCCUGGCGGACCUCCGCGCCCUGACCCCGGCCAUGCUGUCGGCCUUCCGCGGGUGCCCCGUGGCGGAGCUGUCCCUGGACCGAAAUCCGAGGGUCACGAACGCACUCCUGGCAGAGCUCGGCCGCAAGGUGUCGAUCAUGUCCCUUUCCCUGGCGCACAACGACGCCAUGACGCUGGAGGGCAUCGAGAGCCUGGCCGGCCUGAGAGCGCUCGCCAGCCUCGACAUCAGCGGGUGCAAGGUGACCAACGGGUGGCUCAAGGUCAUCGCCAAGCUGCCUGCCCUGGAAACUCUCUUGCUCAGAGGCUGCACGAAGGUUGCGGAUCUCGGCAUCCUGGGCCUUUCUCGGGGGGCGCCCUCCCUCACGUGCCUCGACCUGGCCGGCUGCACCGGGGUCACCGACGCGGGGGUGGCGCACCUGUCGUCGAUGGUGGUUGGGGGGAAGCUGGAGUGUCUCCGGCUCGACGGGCUCGUCGGCUUGUCCGACGACGGGCUGGACGCCCUCCUCCUGGGGGAUGGCGACGGCCUGGGGGGCCUCGCGCGCUUGGGCGCCUCCCGGCCGCUGCGGGCGUCGCUACGGGAGCUAGACGUCUCCGGCACGUCCGCCACCGAGAGCGGCCUGGUGCGUCUCCUGGACCCUUCCGCCGCCGCCGCCGCCGCGGCCGCCUCCGGCGAAGCCGGGCGGGGUGGGGCGGUGGUCGGGCGGAGGAGGCCGCCGCCGCUGAGGCUCGAGUCCCUGGUGCUGCAGCAUGGCGGGGGGGGGAUCACCAGCGUUGGGCUUUCGGCGCUGGUAGGGCUGACGAGCCUCACUCGGAUGGACCUGGAGGGGUGCCGGGGUCCCGGGGUCACGUCUCAGGCUCUCGCGGGUCUCGCCCGGCUCGUACGGCUGCAAUGGCUGAGCGUUGCCGCCGUCCCGGCGUUCGACGACGACGCUCUGACAGCGGUGUGCUCCUCCUGCAACGCCCUAAGGGUUCUCAACCUCGGCAGCACCUCGGUGGCGAGGGCGGCGGGCCUAGCGCUUCUGGGGUCGGCCAUGAUAGACCUGAGCUUAGCCCACACCAACAUCGACGACGACACCAUGGACGCCGUCGCGUCGCUGCCGCGGCUGACCACGCUCACGCUCAGGGGCACCGCUGUAACCGGGGCGGGGGUCGCGCGACUCUCCGGUCUGCGGGGCCUCCGUUCUUUGGUUCUCACUGGCACCCGUGCCGCCCAGGAGGGGGGCGCUGGCGGCGGGGCCAGCUCUGCUGUCGAAAGACUUAGGGCGAGGACGGCGGCUCUCAACAUCAGGCUCUAAAUAGCUUUUUUUCCCGCCGAGGUUCGUUUGUCAUUUAUAUGUUGGUCCGCCUGUCCUGCCUUGUCUUCGGCGUGUGUUUCGCAUUUUUCGUUGUGUAGUUUUUUUUUGGUUGCUGACUUUUUGCUGUUGUCGUAUCUCGCAUGUGAGCCCUGUAAUAUUGUUUGUUGUUUGUUGCAUGCGAGCCUUGCGCUCCUGGAGUAGUUCUUUUUCUUGGAUCUCACCUUGCUCAUGACCACUCAGAUUGUUUUGUGUUUUUUCUUUCCUUGAGACAUCAGGGAAAUAGCGUUACUGCCUUUUGGGGCACGGCAGAUGCUUCCCUCUGAGAAACCUGUGGUUGU